AUGCGUGUCCCUCUAUACUCCCGCCUCGUGGGUAUCCUCCCCACGCUGCCGUGGGAUUCAGGCGAUCCUGCAGUCAAGGGCGACCCCCGGAAGAGUGUCAAAUGGAUUGAUGGUCUUCGAGGAAUUGCUUCAUUUCUAGUCGUUCUCACUCAUCUGGCCCGCGCCUGGGAUUACGAUCUAUUCUCCACCCGAGAUACUGAAGAUGCUGCACCCCGAAUUUUACAAUGGCCCAUCCUGCGGAUUCCCUGGCAGGGCCGAAUUGGUGUUACCAUCUUCGCCUUUCUUACCGGAUAUGUCUGUGCCCUAAAACCGAUCAAGCAAUCGCGGGCUGGUGACAAAAUCGGAUCCUUCACGUCCAUUGCGAAGAGUGCUUUUCGCCGUCCGCCCCGUCUCAUCUUGCCCGCCACAAUCGCCAUGAUAGUCUCCUGGACAAUGGCGCAGUUUGGGGCGUUUAUCGUGGCCAAUCGCUCGGACUGUUGGUGGUGUCGAUAUGCCUCGCCUGAUCUGGAAGAAAGCCUGUGGCAGGAGUUUGAGCGGCUGCUCAAGAACUUCCUCAGUACUUGGACCACCGGAUACAUGGCCUACGAUGAUCAUCAGUGGGCAUUAUUGCCUUUACUAGAAGCGUCAAUGCUUGUUUAUAUAUUGCUUUUUGCGACUUCGUUUAUCAAAUUCCGCUGGCGGUUGGCAAUCUAUCUCGGCAUGUUUCUUUACUUUCACCAAAACGCCGCAAAAGAUACAGAAACCUUUCAGAUGCAAGCCAUCUAUGGAAUGUUCCUUAGCGACCUUUCAUUCGACUUUUCAUUUAGAGAAUUCAUUAAUUAUCAUAGCUGGGGACGUAAAUUAGUCGCCUUGUUUUUGGCGAUCUCCGGUCUUUUUAUAGCAUCCUACCCCGGAGAACAUCCCGAGUGGAUUACCUGGUCCGACUAUAUGUUUCAUCUAGCCCAGUAUCUCUUCCCACCAGACGUCAACCUUGGCAAACGGUAUACAGCACUUGGAGUGGACCUGGUUAUCCUGGCUAUCUAUAUUUCCCCGUCCACCAAGGAAUUCCUCUCCAACCGCCUGCUACUCUGGCUAGGGAAGCAGAGUUUUGCCGUCUACCUUAUCCACGGUACUCUCCUGCGCACCGUCCUCUGCUGGAUGCUAUAUGGCAUAACUGGUCAGCCUUGGGAGGAGACCAAAGAUGCAGAUGGCAACCUUGUUGACCCCCAGUGGAUUCCCCUCCGAGCUCCCUCGAUUGUGGCUAUCAGUAUUCCCACGUGGAUCAUGAUCGUUUAUUUUUGCGCUUCAUUAUGGACCCGCUACGUCGAUACCUUCUGCGCAGCCGUCACGCAGAAGUUGGAGAGACUCAUGUUCGAAGAGGAUGAGAAGCAGCCACCGCUACCAUUGAAUACGAUUUCUAUGCCGACUGUUUGA